AUGUGUCUGGACUUCUGUUGUUUUGCGAAAAUGAACAGAAUAGUAAGUAACAGGAAGCAAUUGGAAAGAAUGGUAGAAUUGAUGGAGCAAAAUCCUGAAGUGGCAAGGGGGAUGUUGUCCAAAGUGGACCUAGGAAAAAAGUGGGAAGCUAUCGCAGUGGAGUUGAAUAGUUUGGGGCCUCCACAACGCGACUCAACCAAGUGGCAAAGAGUAUGGAUUGAUCAAAAAACAAAAAUUAAAAAAAAAGUUACAAAAAAUAAGAUAGAGACAAUUGCAACUGGCGGAGGACCUAAUAAAACAAUCCGAUUGACUGAUGAUGAAGAAGCAGUAAGUCGCCUAAUGCAUUUUAAUGCCUGUGUUAAUCCCCCGGGUGUUGAAUUUGGGUUGCAAUUAACAAAUUUGACUGACAAAGGUGUUAUUGCCGACGAAGACGAAGCAGUGCAGUUCGAAGAAAUUAUACCCUUAGUGCAAUCACCGAAAAAUAGUUAA